UGUUGGAGCGUACAGAGUGUGUUUGAUUUGAACGCUGGAGGGGACCUAUAUGAAAAUUAGGUUUAAAAACAACUUUCUUUUGGUCUAAAACAAGCUUAAAUCUGCUGAAGGAUCAGUGUUUAUGGCUAAACAGCAGGCUUUUCUGGUUUAGAUAUGAAUUGUGCCUGAAGCUCCACUCGGCAUGUUGUCACCUCAGAAGCUCUGCCUGUCACACACGCUUCCUGUGUUCCUGCUGCUUGGUUGCUGGACAGCAGAUGGAGCUCACAAUGACACAGAAGCAGGGACUUUCACACAGCUGGUCCCAGUCCCUUCCAGCAGAUACAUCUUGGCAAAGGAGGGGUCCAGUGCGCUCAUCGAGUGUAACGUGACUGCAGGUCUAGAGGAUGUUAGGUGGUACAACUCUAAAGGACUUCUCCUUGGAGACAAAGAAGGUGGGAAGUGGCAGAUCCAGGAGAAGGGUGUCCUAAACAUCACGGCAGUAUCCUUUGAGGACCGCGGCCGCUACACCUGCGUCGCUUCAAGCAGCAUCGGCCUCACCAAAAACUACACAGUCACUCUGCGUGUGGCCUACACAGACAGCGGCCUCGGGGUGUAUUUUGUUGUGGUGUGCGUGGUGGCCUUCGCCAUCACAAUGAUCCUCAACAUGGCGCGCUUGAGCAUGGUAGGCACCCACCUCAAAGAGACAGAGAUGGCCAUCAACGACUUCUUCCGCACUGAGGGCACAGAGAAGCUGCAGAAAGCAUUUGACAUUGCCAAAACCAUCCCCAUAGUAACCUCGGCGAAGACUGUGGAGUUUGCCAAAGUCACGCAGUUUAAGACCAUGGAGUUUGCCCGCCACAUUGAGGAGCUGGCAUACAGCAUUCCUCUUCCACCGCUCAUUCUGAACUGUAGAUCAUUUGCAGAGGAGAACCCAGAGUGUGAUCCAGCAGAACUGGCUGCAGCAGCAUUCAGGAACAGGCAGGUUUUCAGCUCGCCGUGCCCUGGCAGAAACGAAGAGGAGGAGGUGUGUGUGGCAAUGCUGUCGAGUGAAAGACAAAGGCAUGAUGGGAUCUGUGAAAACGUCAAGGUGUCACUGCAUACAGUAAAGGCUGAUGACGAAGGUUGAUGAUGAAGAUUACACAGAUAAGCCCAACUGAUGAACUCAUUGGGAAUUCCAGCAAAAAUACAUUUUUGCAGCCAGAAAGUUAGAGGUGAUAUGUUUGAAGAUCGCAUUGAUCGUAGGUUUGACUUUCAUCUUGAAUGUAGAGAUUACAAUUUGUUUUAACCUUCUUAUUUCUGCACAGAAUGAGAGCUUAGAUUCUCAAACAUUUGUUAGAACUUUUUUCUUUGCUUUCAGAAAUUCUUUAACUCGCCAUCAGAUUUACAUUCUUUGUCUUUUAUUUUUGCAAUUUCUGCACAUUUGGCUCCUUCAAACAUCCUUUACUCCGUUUUGUUCCCUCUGACAGGCCGGUCAACCUUCAGACAGAAUGUUGCCUUGUAAUAUCAGUAUCUCACCACUUCCAUUGUUGUCAUAUCACUCAUGGAAAAUGAGUUUUGUAAGGCUUGAUUGCCAUCUCACAUGUCUGUUUAUACAGGUCUUUGUUUGUCUAAAACCCAGUUAAUAACAGGCGAGUAAUUCAACUAAAGUGGAGGAACAUUUUUACACAGUUUUGCAAGAUGGAAUCUGAAAAAACAAAUGGUUGCUAUGAAAAAUAUCUAAUUUGGUUCUCAAACAUGAUCUACCAAUAAAUAUUUUGAUUAUCUGAGAAAGAGACUUUAAUUUUUAUAACUAGGUUGUUUUGAAUGCACAUAGACAGUGAUGUAUGAAAGGCAAAUUUGUUACUUAUUGGAUGUCAUUUUCUAUUUGACUUGAAGGCACAGACCACAAUAUCAUACCUGGAUAUAGAUGUUGAAUAUAAAGUCUAAAAUAUGUUUAAAAGGUAAAGGAAAGCUGAGAAACGUGGACAUGUUGCAUCUGCUUUGUGUCUCUGAAGGAUAUGAAAUAAACAAAUCAAUGUUUUAACUAAAACAUUUAAGUAAUUAUGAAA